AGGCGGCAUGCUUUCUACCUUCAACAUCACUUAAAUGGCAAGUGUCCUCCCAACGUGACGCACCUGUCACCUGUAGACUGCUCUGGCGGCACUUUGAAUGACUUGCACCUGAUUCCAGCAAGCCCCCAACUGUCUCAGGCAAUGGAAGUGGAUGGACUGAAUGACUCCAGCAAACAAGGCUAUUCCCAGGAAACCAAGCGCUUGAAGCGGACCCCACCUCCAGACCCUGUAGGCCUAGAGAUGGAGCACAGGUUUAUUGAUCAAGUGCUAUCCACUUGUCGGAAUGUAGAGCAAGCCAGGUAUGCCAAUGCAUACAGGAAAUGGCUGGUGACUUUGAGUCAGUAAGAGGGGUGGAUUCAUCCUAAGAAAUUCCCCUUUUAGUGCAAUAUUGCUUUCCUUUCUCAAUGCCAUAGUUGCAUGAACUGACUGGCUAACUAUGUAUUCUUCAUCUAUAGCUUAAGAAACCUUUCAUUUUAUUUAUUUUGUUAUGAGCCGGCAUUCCUUUGGGUACAAAAUAAUUGUACAGUUCCUUCUUGCUAAGCAGUUAGUCUUAAUUUUUUUUUCCUGUUUGAUUCCAUGCCCUUUAUAUUUCCAUAUUUGUCUUCUCAUUUGGUUCUUGAGAUUGGUUCACACACCUUUACUCACCUCAGUUCAGUUGCUACAUAAACGGUUUCUUUAAAGAUUGAAAUUUUAAGUUGCAGUUCAGCUUAAGAAUAUUAAUACAUGUGCAGAAGGUCUUGACCUAAUUGCAAUUUUAAGAUUAAAAUGGCUAGAUAGAUGGAUAUGUGAAAAUGUAAGCCACUUCUUUCUCAAGCUUGUUCUCCAGUUACUGACUAAGAGAACCAAAGCCAGGAGUGUUAGAAUUUAUAUAGAAAAAAAAAAAAAAUGCUUCCAAUGUAAUCUAUUUUUUAAAUGAUGAUUUAAAAGAAACUAAACUAAUUUAAGAGUUUAUGUAAUUGUAGUACUGGAAAAUUAUUUUUAUUACUAGUUUUGAUAGAUUAUUUUUACCUCAUAUUUGGUAUAUGCCAAAACAGUAAGUCAGCCCUUAUAAAAUAAAUUCUUUUUUAAAAAACCCAGAAAUGCCAUUUUUAGUUAUUACUACUGUUUUCAUUCUAAAAUCACUCAUAAAAAGUGGGAGAAAUAUACAUAGAAAUGUAGUCCUAUGAAGCUUUUUUUUAAAAAAAAAAAAAUUUAAGUUACUGAGCUUAUACUAGAUAAACUGCAAAGUUUUUGUGUCAAGUGGCUAGUCAGAAUUUACUGGCAAAAUCCAGGGAGGAAGACUAGUUUUCAGCAUUAGUUCAAUUUUUACUUUUAAAAUCAAACAAAACACUUUGAUACUAAAUUCAUCAGGGAUAAGUACCAAAGUCCACAUUAUAGCUAUAUCUCAAUGACAAGGGCUGUUUUCCAGGAUGGUGAAGCGGGGUGGGAAUGGGUUGAGUACCGUCUCUGUUUCUCUUACUGCAUCCACCCCUUCGGAUGAGCUGUGAUUUCUCUGUGUGCUUCCCUUCUCGAUAUCUUACCAGUCCAUUCCGUACUUUUCAUCACUCAGUGGUCCAUGUCUUUUUCUUGUGUGUCUACCCACUUCUCCCCGCACUGGGAGGCCCACAAAACCCAUUAUCUAUCUUAUGUCAGUGAAUUUAAUACCUAUAUAUAUAAACACAGGAAGUAUGAGUAAGAGGUGCCCUUCUCCUGUUCCCUUUUAAUGGUUGUCUUGGUUAGGGUUUCUGUUGCUAUGUUGAAACACUAUGAAUAAAAGCGACUAGGAGAGGGAAGAGUUCACCUGUACUUCCAGGUAGCAAAUAGUACAUCCCUGAAAGAAUUCAGGGCAAUAACUCAAGCAGGACAGGAACCUAUAGGUGGGAGCUGAUGCAGAGGCCAUGGAGGAGUGCUGCUUACUGACUUGCUCUCCAUGGCUUGCUUAUUUGGCUUUCUUAUAGCACCCAGGACCGCCAGCCCAUGGAAUGGCACCAUUCACACUGAUCUGGACCCUCUCCCAUCAAUCACUAAUUUAAAAAAAUCCCCUGUAGGGUUGUUUACAGCCCAGUCUUAUGGAGACAUUUUCUCAAUUGAGGCUCUCUCCUCAGAUGACUCUAUCUUGUGUCAAAUUGACAUAAAACUAAGCCAGCACAAUGGUGGAAGCUGUUUCUUUUCCUGUAUAUGUACAAAAUGUAAGCAUUGAUUACAGAAAUAAGCACCGCCGUCGUGUUUUGCAUGUUCUCCUUUUUCAUACUUGGUCAUCUAUAGUGUAGGUAGAGGGAGGAAGGAAAAGCAAACCACUCCAGUCUGACUCUAUUAAAAACUUGCACUUGAGUUUGGCACACUUCAUUAAGAGAAAAAAUAAUAAAAUUUAACUAGGGCAUCAUGGUCUUGUUGGGUGGCAGACUGCUAAGCUGAGUGAAACACUUAGAGAACUAGAAAAAGUUUCUACUGGCCCCAGUACUUAGAUCUUUCUCUCUUGGAGCCAAAUUAUUUGUACUGUUUUAUUGUAUUUAGAUAAUAAAACACUCAACAUUGUGAACAUAAUUCCAUAGCCUUCUAUAUACAGAGCAUUUUGAAUCAUCGAAUACCUCAAGUUCUACCUGGAUCUCUAUAGGAAAACCGUUACAUUAUGUUUAGCGCCUCUGAGAUUAAGUAGAAAUGAAACAGCAGUUUCUGCUGCCAAAUCCUGUCUUCACUCACUAUUACCUGUUUUCCCAGCAUCCCUUUUAGUUCCUCAAGUAAUAGGGCUUAUAUUUGAUGUAGUAUGUCAGGACACGCGCAUAGGAUAUGCUGUACGAACAUCAGAUAAAAUAUUAUAGUGUUCUAUGCCUUUUUUUAUCUCCUGCUCAGCAUCUUGGUCAUCUUUGGUGUUAGCGGCCUUCUUAUGUCUUCUAAGGCUCAGCCCACCUUUUCCUGAAGCCAUGGAGUCCAUAUACCAUGGUUUCUUCCUAGUAAAGUAGCAAGUAAGUAGGAAAAAUGCAGAUAUCUAAAAGAUCCUUUUUGUGUGUGGCUUUUGUAUGCUACGUUAUUUCUGAAAUAAGCAUUUUCAAGAGUUCAUUCACAGGACUUAGGAUUUCCCCUGUUUGUUUUCCCUAAGUGUUUGGCAUUUACCCUCUCUAGCAAGCUACUGUGUCUUUGACCAAAUGAAAUAAUGCAGUAGAAAGAAUAUAUAUGUAACUGAGGGGCUUAUUUAGUCAUAGUCUUCUGUACCUAUGUUGUUUUAAAAAAGAAAAGAUAGUUUAGACUGGCACUUUGCAUUUGAUCUUUACUGGGAAACUAGUAGGCCAUUAUAGCAUCCCAUUGGAUGCUAAACUACUGACUCACAAAAGUGGUAAGAUCUGUGGCUUUUACCAUAACUUCGCCCUAAAAUCUGUGUGUUUUGGUAAUUGUAUUUCCAGGAUAUAUCAUAUGCCUUGCACAUUAUAAGGACUUAAUAACUAUUUAUUAAGUUAGCUAAUUCACUCUUUGAAGAUGGGAAAGAUUCAUCAUUAUGAUAGAGUAAUGAUCAAGAAGUUAAUGAGUUAUAAGUGAGUGAUGUGGGCUAGCUUCCUUAAUAUUUAAGUGAGAUUUAGAUUUAGUGUCUUCAUUACCUUGUUUAGACUUGUUAACUCUCAGCCGUGAGAUGGAGCUCCAGAAUUCUCUUAGCUGUUCGUUUGUCUGCACUAAAACCUCUCAGAGUCAAUAAGAUCCACUUGAUAAGAAUAUUGUUUCCUUUCACUAGAUGAUGUUGAAGAGCAAAUCUUGCAUACAUUUGAGCAGCUGAGGUGAUGCUUAGAUUUAGAGACUUGUUGAUCUGUAUUUGUUCAUGAGUCAUCCCAAUUCCCAACUUGAACUGUGGACCUUUUAGGUAUUCCUUGAACCUGUGUGAGAGAUUUUCUUUUAAGCCUAAGGAUUUUAUACCUAUUACUCUCCCCUGUUACUUCUAUAGAAGCUCUGGGCCCAGACAUUUCUUAAUCUAGUGGCACAGUUCUAACUUAAGCUAAAUGCUUCAUUAAUUCUUCUCCCUUUGUUUUUGCUGGUGCUGAGAAUCAGACUCAGAUUAAGUCAGUCAUAGAAUUAAAUGUGUACAGAUUAUCACCAAAAGCCACUUAGUGUUUCAAAUAAGGGCUAUGUAACAUGCAAUGUAGAAGCAAGCUUUUGAGUUUAUAUGCAGCAGUCUGCAGAAAGCUUGUGUGUGUAGUAGACAUUGUCAUUUAGCUAAUGUUCAGAUAGUCUCAGUUCAUGCUGGCUGUGUGUGUGUAGAACUUGCUACAAAUUGUCAGUCUUGCAGUUUUCUCUUACACAGCUCAGGUGGUGUCUGACAUGGGCCAAAUGUAACUUAGGCAUGGAGCCACCACCAUAUAGGCAUCUCAGUUGGCUCCCUAAAUUAGGGACAAUUCAGCAGUAAAAUGAAUUAUUCUCUUUUUUUCCAAAAAGCUUCUUGGGUUUACUUUUAUUUUGCUAUUAGAAAAAAUGUACUUUAAAUUUUUUAAAUGCUUUAUUCUAAAAGUUUUGACCAUUGUGUAAACCAUAUCUUUUGUCUCCAAUAAAACUGCAAGCUCUAGCACUAUGUGUGCUCCCCACCCCCGACACACGUGGUCUGUAGUGAGCACCUGUCUACUGAAGCAUGUGGAGUACCAGACAACUUCAACAAACUCAGUCUUAUAGAAACAGUGAGCAAGGAAAAGCCUCCCAAGAAUUCCACAUAGUGUCUGUCACACAGUGUCUUAUCUAAAAUAACUAUACUAUGUUAACUUGAGUGCCUUUCUUACUUCGAUGUGAGGUACAAGAUUAUCUUAUACUGAACUCUUGUGUUUAGCUAGUAAACAGGAAAGAAACUUUGUCAGACAGCUCACUAUGAUGCAAUGAGAUACUGACUCAAACAGGAUCUUGUGAUUUCUAUUUCAUUAAUUGGCAAUUUUUGAGUGCCCUACCAAGAAUACCAAGACUUGGAUAAUUGGCAAUUUUUGAGUGCCCUACCAAGAAUACCAAGACUUGGAUUUGUCCUUUCCUUUUGACAACUAAUGUUUAGUGUUUUGGAGGCAUCAUAAUUACAAGGCAGUGUGUGCACAAUUAAAGACACACAAAAGCUGUGCAGCCUGUCCUCAAAGGAGAGCAGACACCCAGCGCACCUUACAGAACAGGUGGUUGUCCCAAGUGACCCUUUGCCUUAUUCAGAAGACUUCCCUCCCACCCAAAUUCAGCCAUGGGGUAGGAUAGUUACAAGGGGAAAAGUAGGUCUUGCUAAUACCAAAAGAAAAGUGGUAAAUACUAAAAUGAAAUUUCAAAUUUUAUGUAUUUCUAUAUGGAAGGGGAGGGGAGGGCCAUCAUAUUUAAUAAUAGCAAGUAAUUUUUCUUUAUAGUAAAAAUUCCAAAGUACGUUACAGAGAAUUCUUGAAUAAUAUAUCUCUAAUUAUGUUGUAUUCAUAAUUGAUGCAGUAACCAAUGUAUCUUGUAUGGAUUUUGGGUGGGAGGGGAAUUCUCAGGCUCUCAACUUUAACUUUUUUACCCUCUCAGACCAUCCCUGUUACCACAGAACAACCAGAGACUGUUCACUUACAAAUACAGAGCAGUUCAAUUGAUCUGCUGGUGAAACAGUGUGCUUGAAAGGGUAUUAACUAUAUAUGUGGUUUGUGCUUCCUGAACAACAGCAUGAGCCAGAAAGCUAACCCUGACAUUUAUUAGUCCGUUGUUGUUCCUCAGGGUGUAGAAGAUUUCAUCAAUUUAGAACAAAAUUUUAUAUUGUUGCCAAAAAGAAAAAGCAAAGUAUGCCAAGUACAUUGCUAGCUAUUGAACAUAAAUAUGCAAAAUCUAAUACAUACUAUCUUGCUGCUUGUCCUGUAGUUGUGUUGUGAAUGUUAUAAAUGUCGCCCAUGAAGAGGAUUUCUGUGUUAUAGUUUUAUUUUGGGGAAGUGGAGAAAAUUAUAUUCUGUUUCAGUUGACAUUCUCAGCCUUUAAAAAUCAUAGUGAGGUAAAUAAUUACUGUUGUUUUGCAAAUUGACAGCUGUUUUGCCUCGUAAGGCUUCUUUUUUCUCUGCAAGUGUAAGAUGCAAGACCCAGACAAGUUCAGAAAUCACAUAAUGCCUUGCAUGCUGUGGAAAACAAGUCAGAACUGAUAGAUACUGGAGAAGGAUAUUAACAUAUCUCUCUCAUUGUUGUCCACAUUCUUAGUUUUGGGUGUAUUAUACUAUUUUGUAUGAAAAAUACAUUCUGGGGCUGGAGAGAUGACUCAGAGGUUAAGAGCACUGGUGGCUCUUCCAGAGGAUCUGGGUUCAAUUCCCUGCACCCACAUGGCAGCUUACAACUGUCUGUAACCCUAGUUCCAGGGGAUCUGACACACAGACAUACAUGCAGGCAAGCCAUCAAUGCACAUUAAAAAAAAGAAUAAUGUAAGAAAAAUACAUUCUCAAGUUUAAAUAUACAAGGCAAGACCAUGUAAUAUCGCAAGCAGAGUUGAGAUUCUUUUUAGGUAUCUGAAUGUAUGUGUGUUCACAUACAUCUAAAAAGAUCGACAUACAUGAUUUUUUCUUUUUCUACAAAAGAUUUUAUCCCUGAAUUUUUAGUUUUAUAUUUUCUCAAAGUUUUCUUAUUUAAAGUGAUUUUCUUGACUGACAGCUUCCUCCAGCAAAGUUGGAAACUGACCUAAAUGUCCACUUGCCUUAUUAAAUAUUUGUAAGAACUGUUUAUUAGGGGUUUGGUGAUUUAUAAACCAUGUUAUUCUGCUUUCUUCCAUCUCUUUAAGCAAUCAGCCUUCAUUUCACCUUCCUCAAAGCACUGUGUAGCAUACAACAAUAUCUGUUCAUGUUUAUAAAGUGAUAGAUAAUACAUAUGAGGUUUUUUUUUUUUUUUUAUGUGCCAUGGGGAAGUAUACUAAUGUCAACUCACAGGUCACUCCCCUGGAAUUAUUCAUUUCUUCCUGCAUCCAGUGUCUGGUAUCUGGAGCAGUCAGCUUUUUGUUGGUUUAGGAAGUGGUAUAGGUGGAGUGCAGAUAUGAAGUACUUAGUCAGCUAUUGCUUUAACAUCAAACUAACAGCUCUCACCAAGGAGACCAUUGCCAUCUCUUCACUGAAGACUAUAUUUGUAGAGUGUUGUGUUGGACACUGAAAAUGUUAUUACAUGACAUGAAUUAUUACACUUGUUUGUUUAGGCAGCAGUUAGAAACGUAAUAAAAAUAUUGUUUAAUAGAACCAUGGUAUGAAGAUAGGAGUUAUGAAAAAUUUAAGCAAUAGCUUGUUAUGCAAGACACAGUUAAUAAAUGUCUUUAAAUAUUGGCAGCUGAAUGCUUAAAAGAGCUGCGGCCGUCUUGGGUAGCCCGCAUGUGUAUUAGAAUAUCCAGCACUUUCUGGCAGAGACUCUUGAUUUCACCCCAAUUCUCAGUUGCUCUCUGGUGCCGUAAAAGUGAUGAUGAUAAAAUAGGAAGUUGGGCUCGGUGACUUCAUAUAAUUUUCUCAGAAUAUGUUUGACGUGAGGAUGAAAAAAAUUUAUCAAUGAUAUUGUAGUCUGAGUACCUUUUCUGAGAUUUGAACAGUUUUGAAAUAUACAUUCCUACCUGAACUGUGAGGAAGCGUGUGUGUAGUGCAAGUAUAAAUGGCUUUGCCUUCCAGUGAGCUUGCUGAUGCAUGAUCGUGUCACUGGCUGUAGUCAGCUCUAUUUUUGGUGUAUUUUGUUCUAGGAGAGUAAUGGAGUGUACACUAGACUAGAUCACAUUACUGUUUGUGAGCUGGAAACAAAUAAAAGAUGAGGUGUUAUAAGUACCCCCAAAUAUUUAUAUACUGUUACAAAAACAAAGAGAAGGACUUUAAAAUGCAGCAAUGACUAUUUCUGAACUCGGGGUUUUGUAUGCUAGUUAAUGGUUUAUUUUAACACUAUAAAACUGAGGAGCUUUCACUGAAGAGAAAGAUCUCAGAUACUAUACUCUGCUAUUAGAAGUCGCCAUCUGUGUUAAGUUUGCAUCGCUAGUAGAUUUUCCAAAAAGAGUGUUCAGUAGGCUGCAGUUAACAUCAGACGCGUUACCAUGUUUCAUGGUGCACCAUCAUAUCCCGGGCAUUAAGUAUUAGUUAGGCUAGCUAGCUUUCCUGGAGACUCUGUCUUCACUGAUAGUACUUACCUGCUGUAACAGUCUGUAUUGAAGUUCCUUUAGCUCUACGUAUAGCAAUCCACAGUUUUAAAAGGAUUAAAUCUCUUGUGAAUUCUUUACAGUUACAAUGUGUAUCCUGGAAGGGAAUAAGAAUAAAUUUUUGUAAAAAGGUAUGUGCAAAGUACACUUGUGAUAUUUUGGGAUUUAGUAUCCCGGACUGAUUAAAUUAUGCUAAAUUCUAAGGUUAUCACUUGGACUUUUGGCUAAGAUUAAAUGUAAAUUCUAAGAGUAACAUAAUCAUGUAUUGUUUAUGGCUGUGGUAUUCAAUGGAAAUGUAGUGUGAGCCGAAAAAGAAUUAUAAUUUUCUAGUAGCAAUGUUUAAGAAGUGUAAUUAACUUUAAUAAUAUAUCUUAUUUAACUUAAUCUAUUAAAAUACUAUUUCAACAUGUAAUCAACAUAACACAAUUAAGGCGCUACCUGUCUCCUUUUUUUCUCUUUAUCUUAGUCUUCAGAGUUGAGAGUGGUCUGCACUCACUCACUGUCCCUCCACUCUGGCCGUGUGUCCUGUCCUCAGGCGCCACAUGUGGCUAGGUGCUGCUGCCUCAGGAGCGCAGAUUUACAGGGUACAAAGUGUGAACCUGUUUAAAUUUGGAGGUGACAAGUAGACAUGAAAUUUCAGUACUUUAUGGAUUAUUUAGAUUAUUUAGAAAGAUAUCUAAUAGAGUUUUCCUUCAUUUUAAUUUAAAUUUGCUCUAGAAAUUGGAUUGACCUGAUCCAGUUUGCCAAGCAUUAUUUGAAGAGGAGGAAAUCCUGUGCCAUGUAAAAUACCAUAUGUACUGUUAUACAGUACUGAUGGUGCAAUAACAACAGAGUUUUCAGUUUUCACUAAAGUCUAUCCUGUUUCCUCAAAAUAAUAGCCUAAUUUGCAUGCUUACUGUAUAUCUGUACCUAUUUGUUUUCUAUUAUUCUUGUUAUAUAAUGAUGUAUAUUAACCAGCAGCCCUAGGAUUCUAAUCUAUGCAGCCAUCUUCCAGAACAUAAUGAUGUACCUAUUAAAUUAUGAUAAAUGGCAGAGAAAUAAGAUGAACCAUUUCCUUUCCCAUUAGAUUUGUUUUUUAACAUGGAGCCAUGUACCAAACCAGCUGUAUAUUAUUGUAUUUCUGUAGACUAUGGAAAUGGUGUUGUCUUUGCUGAUGUCUAAGUAAACUUUACCUCUCCUAAAACAA